CGAUGUCUGCUGUUUCACCGUUUAGCGGCCGGUAUUGAUUGCAACACCCCCCCCCCCCCCUCCCUGCUACCCCUUCCUUCCCUCCCUCUCUACGCUCGCCCUCCCUCCCUCCUUACCGAUCCAACUUCGCUUUUACGGCGAACCUCAAAACUCUCGCAAGCAGCAGCAGCAGCAGCUAGAGUGAGCUGUAGCCGAGCUAUAUAGGUAGCUAGCAGCCAUGGCUCCGCUCUGGGGCUCUUCGUGGUCUUCCGCCUGGUCCUCCCUCCGUGGCUACAGCCCCGUCCAGAACGGCGAACAAAGCACCGCAACGAGCUCCACCGUCGACUCCUCCUCCUCCCACCUCAAGCCGAGCAUCGGCCAGAUCCUCAUGUCGAAGCGGGUCCGCUAUGCUCUCUCCGCCUUCGCUAUCCUCGGUCUCUUCCUCCUCGCCUUCCACAAUUACGACCGUCUCCCCUCCAUGGAUACCCUGCGAGGCGGGACCGCCGCCCCCGUCAACUCGCACUCGGAUUGCCCUCCCGCCGUCGUGCCCCCCUUCCAAGAUUCCCAGGUCGACUGGUCGCGAUAUGCCUAUACCCAAUAUGUCACCAACGCCGCCUACCUCUGUAACUCUGUCAUGAUCUUCGAGACCCUGUUCCGCCUCGGCAGCAAGGCCGACCGCGUCAUGAUGUACCCCGAGAAGAUGAUGGACCCGGCCGAGACUCAGCCCUCGACCGAAGAGGCCAAGCUGCUCGCCAAGGCCCGCGACCAGUACGGGGUCAAGCUGGUGCCCGUCUCCGUUCAGCGGAGGCCCGGCGGCGAUUCUACCUGGGCCGAAUCCUUCACCAAGCUUCUCGCCUUCAACCAGACCCAGUACGCCCGCGUCCUGAACGUCGACUCCGAUGCCACCAUCCUCCAGACGAUGGACGAGCUGUUCCUCAUGCCGUCUUGCCCGGUGGCCAUGCCCCGCGCCUACUGGCUCUUCCCCAAAGAUAAGAUCUUGUCCUCGCAGCUGAUGCUGGUGCAGCCGAGCGCUGUCGAGUUUGACCGCAUCAUGAAGAAGAUUGAGUCUGCCGGUAGUAACGACUACGACAUGGAGAUUGUCAAUCAGCUGUACGAGGACAGCGCCAUGAUCCUGCCGCACCGCCCUUAUGACCUGCUGACGGGGGAGUUCCGCGGCGACGACCACCGCAACUACCUCGGCACCGACCGCGAGGAGUGGGACCCCGUUGCCAUCUUCAACGAGGCCAAAUUCCUGCACUUCUCGGACUGGCCCGUGCCUAAGCCCUGGAUCCCGAUGUCCGAGUCGAUGCGCCAGGACAAGCAGCCAAAGUGCGAGACGAAGAACGGCCAGGAGAACUGCGCCUCUCGGGAUCUGUGGAACAGCUUCUACGCCGAUUUCGCCCAGCGACGUUCGCAAGUUUGCAACACCAACAAGAAAGCCAGGCGGUAAAUAAGAGGGGCACAAGGUCUCGUCCUUUUUUUUGGUUCACGACUUCGGUUCUCGAGGCAGCAGGUCGGCAGAUUAGCAAUGCCAAAUAGCAACGGCGGCAUUCACCAGGAUUUGUAUUUCUAUUUCUCAUUACGCGGCAUGAUAUAUAUUAUAUACUAUAGAUACCACCAGCUUCGCGAGCGGGGUGCGGGAGGGCGAAGUACGAGGGGGGAGCGUCAUGCCGUUAACAUGAAUCCUCUCGCCGUUCUCACACUCUUUCCCCUCGCACCGGGUCAGUUUAGAGAGAAAAGAGAUCUUGUUUGGUUCAAUGAGAGCU